UUGGCGGGACAGACGUGCUCUGACUGGCAUGGUGUCCCUGCUGGUACGCCUGUGGGUGCGGCCCUGGGAGACUUCCAGUGCUCCGUCUACUCCUGCAUGAGCGCACGAACAGACGCAGUUCUGAACAUCAGCACCUCGGCCCAGCUGACCUUCGCCAUGCCGGCCGACUUCAAACCUCCAGACUCUCCUCAGCCCGCCUCCUCCGUCUCUUACUUCCCCUACUUUGACGAUGAGUACUUGGCGGUGGCGGCUUCGCUCAACGGAGGGAACGUACUGUCGACCUUCGUGGAGACGCUCGCUUCUUGGAUGAAAGAGCUCGGUGUGGAGCUGAGUGAUUCCUGCGUAUAUGAGAAGCUGAUCCGCUGCGCUCUGAGUCAGGAAACCAGCGACCUGAGGGUGACUCCCACCAUCCUCGGAGAGAGACACGACCCUCUGCGCCUCGGCCAGGUGACCAACAUCUCCGCCACCAAUCUGUCUCUGGGUCAUGUGACCAGGGCGGUGUGCCGCGGAGUCCUGGACAACAUCGCCUCCAUGAUGCCCGCUGAGCGUCUGCGGCAGGCGGGGGUCCGCAGGAUCGUGGGCAGCGGGAGCGCCAUCGUCCGCAACGAGGUGCUGAGGCAGGAGGUGGAGAAGGCGUUUCCUCAGCCGGUGGUGUACGGACAGAACGCCGACUCCGCUGUCGGCGUCGCCAUGGUCCUCUGCGACCUCAUGAACCAGUCUUAAGGGCCAUAAACACCCGGAACGACAACUAUGUGAAAGUCUACACUGAUGGACGACAACGUUCAGUAAACAGCGGCGCAGACGCGUUACGCACUCCACGAAAAUGGAUGU